CCUUGACUGCUUACAGUUCACACAUACACCGGUAGCUCACACUUUAGAAAGAUAUCUCUUCAAGUGGGGGUAGCUUUUCACUUGCUAUGGCUGAUCAGACGGUCGUGGAGAAAAUGAGCGACUUGAAAGUGGACGGAGGAAAAAAGGGAGGAACUGAAAGCGGCAAAGAUGGAAAAAAGAAGGCCAAAAAUGCUGCAGGAGACUCUGGAGGGAAGGCAGAGUUGUCACCAGCACCUCAGUACAUCGAGGAGCGUCUCACUUUGUACGCAAAGCUGAAAGCUGAGCAUGACGCUCUGAUGACCGAGAGGGCUGCGAAGGACAGCCGACCCAUCAAGGUGACCCUGCCCGAUGGGAAGGUGGUGGACGCAGAGUCUUGGAAGACCACACCAUACCAAGUGGCCUGUGGAAUCAGCCAAGGCCUCGCAGACAACACAGUGAUUGCCAAAGUGAACAACGGUGUGUGGGAUCUGGACAGACCUUUGGAGGAUGACUGCAGCCUUCAGUUGCUCAAGUUUGAUGAUGAGGAAGCUCAAGCUGUUUACUGGCACUCCAGCGCCCACAUCAUGGGUGAAGCCAUGGAGAGGGUGUAUGGGGGCUGUCUCUGCUACGGUCCCCCCAUCGAGAAUGGCUUCUACUACGACAUGUUCCUGGACAACAAUGAGGGCGUAUCGAGCAAUGACUUCCCCGGUCUGGAGACCUUGUGCAAGAAAAUCAUCAAGGAGAAGCAGCCCUUCGAGAGGCUCGAGAUAAAGAAAGAGACUCUGUUGGAAAUGUUCAAGUACAACAAGUUCAAGUGCCGCAUUCUGAACGAGAAAGUCACCACUCCCACUACUACCGUUUACAGGUGUGGUCCCUUAAUCGACUUGUGUCGUGGACCCCAUGUGAGACACACUGGAAAAAUCAAGGCGCUUAAGAUCCACAAGAACUCGUCUACAUACUGGGAAGGAAAAGCAGAUAUGGAAACCCUCCAGAGGAUCUAUGGAAUCUCCUUCCCUGACCCCAAAAUGCUGAAAGAGUGGGAGAAAUUCCAGGAAGAAGCCAAGAACAGAGAUCACCGCAAACUAGGCCGGGAGCAGGACUUGUUCUUCUUCCACGACCUGAGUCCUGGGAGCUGCUUCUUCCUGCCAAAGGGAGCCUUUAUCUACAACACCUUGAUUGAGUUCAUCAGAAGUGAGUACAGGAAGAGAGGUUUCCAGGAGGUGGUGACUCCCAACAUCUACAACAGUAAGCUGUGGCAGACCUCCGGUCACUGGCAGCACUACAGCGAGAACAUGUUCUCCUUUGAGUCUGAGAAGGAGAUCUUCGCACUCAAACCAAUGAACUGCCCCGGACACUGCCUGAUGUUUGAUCACCGGCCACGCUCCUGGAGAGAGUUGCCCAUUCGCAUGGCCGACUUUGGCGUCCUGCACAGGAACGAGCUGUCAGGAGCCCUCACCGGCCUCACCCGUGUCCGCCGCUUCCAGCAGGACGAUGCUCAUAUCUUCUGCACCAUGGACCAGAUUGAGGAGGAGAUCAAAGGCUGCCUAGACUUCCUGCGGACUGUGUAUGACGUGUUUGGCUUCACUUUCAAACUCAACCUUUCCACAAGACCAGAGAAAUUCCUGGGAGACCCCCAAGUCUGGGAACAAGCAGAAAAGCAACUGGAGAACAGCUUGAAUGAAUUUGGGGAGAAAUGGAUUCUGAACCCGGGUGAUGGAGCUUUCUAUGGACCAAAGAUUGACAUUCAGAUCAAGGAUGCCAUCGGCCGAUACCAUCAGUGUGCCACGAUUCAGCUUGAUUUUCAGCUACCAAUCCGCUUCAACCUCACAUUUGUUAGCCAUGAUGGUGAUGACAAAAAGAGACCAGUGAUUAUCCACAGAGCCAUCCUGGGAUCAGUUGAGCGGAUGAUUGCUAUUCUGACUGAAAACUACGGAGGGAAAUGGCCUCUGUGGCUCUCUCCUCGUCAAGUGAUGGUUGUACCUGUGGGACCGACCUGUGAUGAGUACGCUCAGAAGGUCCAGCAGGAAUUCCACCAAGGCGGCUUAAUGACUGAUGUGGAUCUUGACCCUGGAUGUACUCUGAACAAGAAGAUCAGAAACGCACAGUUGGCUCAAUACAACUUCAUCCUGGUGGUGGGAGAAAAGGAGAAGACCAGCAACACUGUCAAUGUACGUACCCGGGAUAACAAAGUCCAUGGAGAGCGCAGUGUGGAGGAGUGCAUCCAGCGUCUGAAAGAGCUGAAGUCUUCCAGGAGUCGGAAUGCUGAAGAGGAUUUCUAAGCUUUCCUAAAGCUAUCAGCGUGUCCUUCUCUCAACAGUCCCAAGUCUAGUAACUUUAAAAAGUCAUGUGGUUGAAAUCAGUUUUCCAUGAAACUACUUUCACAGCGUUGCCUAGUCUCCUUUUUGUCCCCAAGAAAUCACAUUUUUCAGAUCAGACAAUUAUUGUUGGGUUUUUUUUGUGGUGUCUUCCAUUUCCUCUUUGCUGUAUCUGUAUGGUUUCUGUUUUAGUCACACGGUUUUCAUUUCUCCAUGGAUUGAAAUUACAUUGUCCGCAGCCCCUCUGCUUAUGGUGAAAUACAACUAGUGAGACUCUGAUUAGGUCUCUGAACAGCUUUACAGACCUCUUGUGUAGCAUUGAAUAAAUUGUACCAUAUAACUGCUCUCAAAACCUUUUCAAUAUUUAAUGAACUGGAUCAAAACAGAAGGGAAAUGCUUUGUACCACUGUCUUAACAGUUUGUAUCAGUCAAUCAUUUUUUUUCAGGGAACUGUACAAGGGUUACAAUUUUGGUAAUUAAACGGUCUAUUCUUAA